AUGUCUAAGGGAGUCACUCGGUGGAGGCAAAGCAGGCAGGCUUUCAACUUCUCCUCACUGCUGCUGAGCGCCAAGCGAGAUCACUGGAAAGCGGCGGAGCUUCCCGGAGCAGGACCCUUCCCAUGGCCAGCCUGCGGCGGGGGAUUUGACGCCGUUCCCUUGAAGCCACUUGACCUACCUCCGCCGCCACCUCACUCAGCGAUGUCUUAUUCCCCGCUCUCCGCCUGCACUUGCCUGUGGUUACAUUACCUGCUGCUCUGCAUCCAAGCCCAGAUGUUUGUUGCUGAAGAAAAUGUGGAUUUUCGGAUACAUGUGGAAAAUCAGACACGAGCACGAGACGAUGUCAGCAGGAAGCAGCUCAGACUUUAUCAGCUCUACAGCCGAACCAGUGGGAAGCAUAUCCAGGUGCUGGGAAGGAGGAUCAGUGCCAAAGGAGAAGAUGGAGACAAAUAUGCCCAGCUUCUAGUGGAAACAGACACAUUUGGCAGUCAAGUCCGGAUCAAAGGGAGAGAGACAGACUUUUACCUUUGCAUGAACAGGAAAGGCAAACUAGUAGGGAAGCCAGAUGGCACCAGCAAAGAAUGUGUCUUCAUUGAAAAAGUCUUGGAGAACAACUACACGGCUCUGAUGUCAGCAAAGUACUCAGGCUGGUAUGUUGGAUUCACCAAAAAAGGGAGGCCUCGGAAAGGGCCCAAGACCCGGGAGAACCAGCAAGACGUCCAUUUUAUGAAACGAUACCCAAAGGGACAAGUGGAGUUACAGAAACCUUUCAAGUAUACCACAGUGACGAAGAGGACUAGGAGAAUACGACCAACCAACCCCAGUUAAAAGACCAAGGCAGUGUCGUGCAAAUAAACUACAAGAAUAGACUGUACCAGAGAAAUAUUUUUACACUAAAAAUAAGGGAGAGGUUCUAUUUUUGUACAUUGUUUUUUAAUUUUUUUUAAAGACUGAGUUAAAAAUAGAAAUCCACUGGGGAAGCUGUAAAAGAUUUAUUGUAACUUGAAGAAGAAGAAGGAAAAUGAAUGGCUCUAUUUAAAUUGACUUUUUUUGUGCUGUGGAUUGACAUACAGGUGCUUUAUUUCUCACUGGGAAUGGACAACGUUUGAAAUGGACAAC